AUGGCCAGAGAGUGCUACGUCACCUCGCUAAAUGAGGUCAAAAUGAAAGAGGCUAUGAUCAUCAAGGGUCUCGACGUCAGAGACGAGGAGGAGUUAGUCAGAGGGGAACCAGUUGAGGAACUUGUUGAAGUGCCUAUCGAUCUUUCUGAUUCAGCCAAAACAGCUAGGAUUUGCAGCCAAUUGUCCUCUCAAGCCAAGGCUGAUCUCAUAGCUCUCUUAGCCGAGCACAGUGAUGUCUUCGCUUGGACCCAUUCAAACAUGCCAGUGAUCACAGGCCAGGCUGUCACCGAUUUUAUCUUAGAGUUCACCAAUCUCACUCCGAACGUACCUCCUCCACAACCACACUUCACCACUGAUGAAGAAAACCCCCACUCCUGGACUCUUAGUGUUGAUGGUUCAUCCUGCAAAGAGGGUAGUGCAGCUGGUCUAAUCCUCACCACCCCAAAGGGUGAGUACUUCAAGUGUGCCCUCCGUUUCCUGUUCGAUGCAAGCAAUAAUGAGACCAAGUAUGAGGCCUUGAUAGCAGGUUUUCGAAUGGCCAGAGACAUUGGUGUAAACCAUAUCCAAGUGUUCGGUGAUUCCCAAUUGAUUGUCGGACAAAUUAUUGGGGAGUUCGACGCAAAGGAGGAAAUGAUGCGAGCAUAUAGGGACAUCGCCUUUCAUCUCGUCCGCUGCUUCAAUACUUUCCAGAUUAGACACAUCCCUAGGUCAGAAAACUCAAAGGCGGACGAAAUAGCCCAAUUAGCCUCGGCUGACCAGUCAGACUUCAGUCAUGGCAUCCGCAUUGAAUACCUGACCCAUUCAGCGACUUCGGCAAAUCCACAAGAGAUUCAGUUCCUCCAAAAUGAACCUAUCCCAUGGGCUCAAGACACCAUUCCGUUUUUGACACAAAGGGAGUUACCAGAUGAUAAACAGUGUCUCAGUCCUGCUCAAGUGACCUAUGUGAUAAGAGAAUUACACGAGGGCAUUUGUGGUAAUCAUUCAGGUGGAAGAUCCUUGGCCCAUAAAAUCCUCCGCAUCGGCUACUUCUGGCCCACGUUCAAUCAAGAUGCUAACGAAUUUGUUCUUAAGUGUGAUAAAUGCCAACGCUUCGCUAACAUUCCCCAUGCCCCACCAACAGAACUAAUUACACUCAGUAGUCUCUACCACUUCGCUAAGUGGGGCAUCGACAUAGUCGGUCUUUUACCCACUGGUAGGGGCCAAACCAUGUUCGUUGUGGUUGUCAUUGACUACUUCACCAAAUGGGUGGAAGCAAAACCCCUUGCUACAAUUACUGAGCGAAACACCACCAGGUUCAUCUGGCAGUCAAUUGUGUGCCGAUUUGGAAUCCCUCAAGCCAUUGUCUCGGACAACGAAAAACAGUUCGACAAUGCCAAGUUCAGGAAGUUCUGUGAAGAUCUUAACAUUAGACCAUGUUUCUCUUCCCUAGGCCAUUCCCAAGCCAAUGGGUAA